UGACCCUUACCUAUUACAACUACCUGCAUGGCCGGCCGGCCAGACUAAUAGUUAUAAAGGUAGCUUUGUUCUUAGUACAGUAUAGUAUAGUACAGUCUAGCAGAGAUACUAAAGCAUGUCAGAGUCUAUUAACUUAGUACUGGCUCAGCCCAAGCAGCGGCCCAACCUGUCUACGCUCAAGCGAGUGUGUCCACAAGACCUAGCUCACUGUGAAGGCUACGUCUGGCACUUGGGCAGCAGAGUGGGCAAGGGAUCCUUUGGAGAGGUCUAUCUUGGAUGGACCUCAGAUGGGUCUUCAGAGGUCGCCGUGAAGGUCGUUCGUAAAGAGUUUUUCAAGCAAGACCCGAAAGUCAGAGAGAAUUUGGAGAGAGAGAUAAGAAUUAUGAAGCUUCUCCGAGGGUGUGAGUACGUGGUCCAUCUAUUCCAUGUCCAGGAGCUGAAGCAACACAUUGUGCUGGUGAUGGAGCUCUGUGAAUUUGACCUCGACCAUCUUGUCAAGAUCAAGCCCUUCAAAGAGUAUGACAUCAUUAUCUUCCUAUACCAACUUGCCCAAGGCAUGAAGGCACUGAGAGAGCAGAACAUUGUCCAUCGUGAUCUGAAGCCAGGCAACAUCCUCAUCAAGAAGCACCCCACCACUGGCAAGAUGAUGAUCAAGCUGGCUGACUUUGGGUUUGCUCGCCAUUUCAAGGACGAGGGUAUGAAGCCGAUUGAUAUGACCUCUCUGGCUGGGACCCCUGUGUUCAUGGCCCCAGAAGCUCUGCGAUGUGUCUUCCAUCCCGGAGAGCACUACGAUGACAAGGUGGACAUCUGGUCCAUUGGAGCACUCCUCUACAAGGUCAUCGUGGGGCAGUGCGGUUUCUACGCUCAAUUGCAAGACAUUCCACGCAUCCUCAAGCACAAGGGAGAUGCCAUAGCCUUUGAGAGAGUGCCUCACUCCAGGAAGAUCAACUACAUCAAUGAGCUGCCCGCAGUCGUCAACGACAGACUCUCAGAGCCCUUCCGGGAAAAGAUGAACCAGCUGUUGAGAGCCGAGCUCAAGUUAGACCCAGCCGAGAGAAUGACAUUCAGUGAGUUCUACUUAGCCGUGGACGACAUCAUCACGUCCAAGAUUGAGAUCAUCAACCUCCUGCACGGGACCUCCAUGAAGGUCAUGAAUGAUCCACUAAUCACUGCUGAUAGUCUGAUGAACGAGGUGUUUAGCCACACCCACAUCCCGAUGCGCUCCCAGGUCCUCUUCUCCAUGCUGUCCCACCACUUCAUCUCUCCCCUCUCCCCUCUCUCCUCAGAACAUUUUGCCCAACUAUUAAAGGAGUCUGGUGGCAGUGGGGGCCACGCUAAACUGUACCUCCUGCCCAUCAACCUGAUGGAGACAGAAGCACUGAAUCCAGACUACAACUGCCUUGCCGGACUGGGAUUUGUGAUCCACGAUGUGAACCUGUGUGUAUCUCAGAUAGUGGAUCACAAGCUAGCUGAUGAGAUGGUCCACAUGAUCCACCACAUGAGUGCUCAGCAGAAGUCUCAGCUAGAGGGGCUGGAGGAGCUCUCUAAGUUUGUGUCCAGAGAGGUGACUCUGUUUAGUAGUCGUGGUUACAAGGAGCUCACUGAGAUAGGGCACCAGGCUCUGGCAAAGGCUACCCUCGCCAUUCAGUGGAUCAUGCAAGACCUCUCCUCUCUGUCGGACAAGAACCAGGGACAGUUGAGGGCCCAACUAGCCAUAGUGCAGCAGCACAAAGCAACAAUCGAGAAGUUGGUUCGAGAGUUGAGUGGAUUCAACAAUAGAGCUGACACCUCCGUGAGCAUAGACCUCAAAGAGGAAGACCUCACUACAGCUGCAGCCACUCUCUCAGACGAAACAAAGAGACUCCCGAAACUAAGGAAAGACCAGAUUUACAACAACUGUAAGAGCAUCAAUGAAGACUGUCAGAAGCUCAUCAGAGAGGUCACGGAAAAGGUCAGAGGUCAGCUCCGCCCACUGUGGUCCCAGUUGUCUCAAGUGUGGUCCCUCAACCAAACCUCUGAUGGCCUGCGUACGGGAUGCUCUGCUCUGGACGCUGUGCUGGAGCAGGUCUCCAUGGAGAGAGCUAUGCUGCUCAGGUCCAUAUCCGGUGGUACAGUAGCGGCUACACUGGCUCAGGGGGGCGUGGCAUCCACACCCCCUGUACUCGUGACCCCUCCCAGCAGCUUGUGGAAUAAUGGACAAUUUCCUGGACCACCACCACAUAUGAGCACUUGGGGAGCUUCUCCAACCCCGCCCAACAUGGAGGCAAUAAAGAGAGAAAAUGAAAACCUCCAGAGUCAAGUGCAGCUGCUCACCUCGGAACUAACUACUCUGAAAUUAUCCUCUAGUGACCAACAGGGCAGUAGCAUUUGUGAAGAGGAGGCCACUAUUCAACCCGGAAUGUUGGGCCAUCUCAGACCUCGCUCUCCUGGUGACCCAGAGAGCACUGUCAAACCAGGACGUUCUGUGAGUGAUGACAGUAUGAGGGCCUUUGAGAGCUUGACAGGACACCUCAAGAAGUUCUGUACCACUGCUGAGAAGCUCAAACCUGGUAUUACUGCGAGCAUGGCGACCUCUCCCCUCUCUCCCUCGAAGCCUCCGAACACCCUUUACCCCAGUCUCCUCGAGGGAUACAGUGUCAUCUCAAUGGCCGACGCCCCCUCUCCGUCCACCCCCGCCCAUCUCUCUGACAACCUGGACGAUCUCCUCCCCCAUGCACUCCAAAUGGCCGAGCUGCUACACACAACCAACUUGGAUGGAAUUGUCAAGACAUCUGCCAGAGGCACAAUGACAUUGUCUGCUAACUGUGGACUGGUGAAGAUAGGUCGACCAACUGAGUAUGAGGAGGGGGAUAUUGUCAUCUUCCAUCAGGUGAGGCUCAUGAAAAGCAAGGUCAGCGUUCCUGUUGUGCUCCACUUGGAGAAGCCACGCCCAUACAUCAUCAUGGAGGAGUCCAGUGUGGCCAACUUUAAAGGGAAGGACAAGCGAUUGCCUGAACUGAUUCUUGGAAAACUUUCAGAGAAACCACGACGUCUGGCGUUUGAGGACCACCCGGCGUUGGCUGAAGACUUUGGCUGUCCGUCUGGAGACUUCUACAAAGUCAAAGUCGAGACUACCGUCCUCAAGUUCUCUGCCCCACAUGCCGCCCCCGCACGUCCCCCACCCCCCUCCCCCAGUGAUAAGAAGAAGCACACGUUUGGCGGAGGCCUUAGAAACAAGAGUAGCAAGAAAGAGUUUGUUUGAACACACGUCACAGACUAAAGGAACUUGACUAGCCCUAGUUGUUGACUGACUGCUUGUGAAUGUGUUUGCACAAAAUCGAUUUGUUUUGUAGUAAUUUUACAGUAUUAUUUUGUCUUCGAUUUCGACUGAUAACUGUUUUUUGUAUAACAUGCUAUAAUUAUUAUUGCUGUGCACUUACA